GCUGCCCCCCCGCGCGCCAAGGACGCUGUCCCCCUCGUUGUCACCGCGCUGUCCCCGUUGUCCCCAGUCAACAAGCGCCUGGACGAAUGGGUGACGCCGGAGCGGCUGGACCUGAGCCGCAUCCAGCUGCCGCGGAAGGAGGCCAAGACGCCCACCAAGAACGGGCUGCCCGGCUCGCGGCCCGGCUCCCCGGAGCCCAAGCGCAAGGCCGACGUCGUGUCCCCCGCGACGCCCGUCCCCGCCGUCCCCGACACCUCCCAGGCCUCCGUGUUCCCCCAGGACUCGCAGGACUCGUCGGACGGGCUCCCGUCGGCCGCCCCGCGCAUGACGGGCUCGCUGGUGUCGGACCGGAGCCACGACGACAUCGUGACGCGCAUGAAGAACAUCGCGUGCAUCGAGCUGGGCCGCCACCGCCUCAAGCCCUGGUACUUCUCGCCCUACCCGCAGGAGCUCACGGCGCUGCCCGUGCUCUACCUGUGCGAGUUCUGCCUCAAGUACGGCCACAGCCUGCGCUGCCUGCAGAGGCACCUGGUAUGGGGCGAAAACGCCGCGUUUUGGGGGUGAAAACGCCACUUUUUGGGGGGAAAACGGCCCACGGGGAGCAGAAAUAGCCACUAUGGCACUUUGGGGGUGAAAAUGGAACUUAGGGGGAGAAAAUGGCACUUUGAGGGGAAAAAUGGCAUUUUGGGGGGGAAAAGCUACUCGCAGAACCUCUGCCUCUUGGCCAAGUGCUUCCUGGACCACAAGACCCUCUACUACGACACCGACCCCUUCCUGUUCUACGUCAUGACCGAGUACGACUGCAAGGGCUUCCACAUCGUGGGCUACUUCUCCAAG